AUGUCUAAAACAGUUUUAGUCACCGGCUGCAGCGAUGGAGGAUUAGGAGCGGCAAUGGCAAAGGUCUAUCGCGCUAAAGGCUUUCGGGUCUUCGCGACACUACGUAACAAGGCUAAGGCCGGAUCUUUGGCUGGAAUGGAUGGCAUAGAGAUUGUCGAUCUAGAAGUCACAUCGGUUGAAUCUAUUCGUCAAUGCGCAAAUGCUGUUAUGAAAUACACAGGUGGGACACUCGAUGUCCUUGUCAACAAUGCUGGAGUCAAUGCCAUAGUGCCGCUCCUAGACGCGUCCCUCGACGAGGCGAAGAAGGUUUACGACACAAAUGUCUGGAGUAUUGUUGCCAUGGCUCACGCGUUCGCACCAAUGCUCAUAAAGGCCAAGGGAAUCAUGUGUAACAUCAGUUCAGUGUCUAGCGAAAUGGUUUUUGCAUGGGCGGGUAUAUAUAGCAGCUCUAGGAGUGCUGCAACGAGAAUUUCAGAGACGCUGCGUCUCGAGAUGGCUCCCCUUGGUGUAAGAGUUGUCACAGUCAUCCUCGGCGGCGUCCAGACUAGCGGAAACGACCCCGCCAAUAUCGCGGACCUUGAGCUGCCUUCGGAUUCGCACUACCGGAAAAUAACGACGGUCAUAGAUCGUCACAAGAAGACUAUCGUACACCCCAACAAACAGAAUGUUGACAUAGCGGCGAGGAACGUUGUUAGUGACGUUCUCAACGGUGGCCGUAUUUUCAUUCGACGCGGGCAGGCUUCCACUCUUAGUUGGUUCUGCAACACAUUUCUUCCCUACGGAAUCUUCACUUCUAUGAUUAACCGGGAUUCGGCUCUUGAUGAAAUUUCGUGA